AUGGAGGCAUGGGUUCGUAAUAGUGUGGUGGCAAGCAGUUUCUCCGUCGAGCAAGCGCAUUUGAAGAGAGUGUUUAAUAUUGAUGAGGAAGAGGAAGAGAGCGAGAGCGAUGAUGAACAGCCAUUGAGUAAGGCGGUAAAUAGUAAUGGUACAAUGUACAGAGAAUCGACG